AUGAUGACAGAUGCUGAAGCAAGAUACAGCAAAACAGAGAAGAUUAUAUUAGCCUUGGUGUAUGCAAAGAGAAAGCUUCGGCACUACUUCGAGUCUCACAGCAUUGUGGUCCUUACCAACUACCCCAUGCAAGCUAUUCUGUCCAAGCCGGACUUAUCAGGGAGAAUUACUAAGUGGGCAAUCGAACUCAGUUCCUUCAAUAUAGCCUAUGAGCCAAAGGUGUCACACAAGGGACAAGCAUUAGCCGAUUUUCUCUUGGAAUAUGAGGAUAAACCCGAAAAGCCUGAACUUCCUGAACCUUACUGGGAGCUUCGGGUGAAUGGUUCUUCAAAUUUAACCAGUGCUAGGGCUAGAGUAGUUGUUACAACUCCUAAGAGCACCAAGCUGCAACAAUUAAUUCGUUUAAAUUUUCCUGCCACUGACAACGAAGCCGAGUAUGAGGCCUUACUUGCCGAGCUUCGAUUGGCAAAUCAGCUCCAGGUAAAGAAUCUAAAGGUUUUUAGUGACUCUCAACUUAUUGUGAAUCAGCAAAUUCAUGACGGAGAUUGUGACAACCACUCCGGCGGCAGGUCUCUAGCGCAUAAGGUCUUAACUCAAGGCUAUUUCUGGCCAUAUCUGGCUCGAAACGCUGAAGAAUACACCAGGAGGUACGAUCAGUGCCAGCAACAUGGCCUAAUGAAACAUCAGCCUGCUGAAGAUUUGCACGCGAUGGCGAAUCCAUGGCCAUUCGCACAAUGGGGGAUUGAUAUGGUCGGACUUUUGCCCAAAGUUGUAGAGCAAAAGGAGUACAUAUUGCUAGCCACGGAUUACUUCACAAAAUGGGUAGAGGUAGAGGCUUACUCAAGCAUGACCCAUGAGCAAGUGAAAAGUUUUAUAUGGAACAAUAUAAUCUACCGAUUCAAAGUGCCAAAGGUUAUCAUGAUGGACAACGGUAAGAACUUGGACAACAGAAGCACCAGAAAGUUCUUUGCCGAGCAUAGGAUCAGGAUGAAAUUGGCUGCGGUUAGUUAUCCCCAAGGGAAUGGGCAAGUUGAAAUAACUAACCGAACUAUCUUCGGUUGUUUGAAGAAAAGGUUGGAGAAGUUCAAAUCAAAGUGGUAUGAGAAAUUGCCUGAGGUACUUUGA